AAAUUGGAUUUAGAGAAUUUUUUGAAAUCCAGGCAGUAUUACCACCGAUUAGGCCGCGUUUGGAAGCGAAGCUACCUGCUGUACGGGCCGGCGGGGACCGGCAAAUCCACGUUCAUAGCUGCGAUGGCGAAAUUUCUGAGCUACGACGUCUACGAGAUCAAUCUGCACAAGGUGAGAAACGACGCUGAUUUGAAGUACCUCCUCCUCCAAACGACGAAGAAGUCGUUGCUCGUGAUCAAAGAUCACGACCGUCAUUUAGAGGAUAAAUCGCCAGCACUGAGCUUAUCCGGAGUCCUCAACUUCAUGGAUGGAAUAUUCUCCUGCUGCGGCGAGGAGAGAGUCAUGGUCUUCACCAUAAACAGCAAGGAAAACAUCUGCGCGUCGAUCCUACGCCCCGGGAGAAUCGGCGUCCACAUCAACUUCCCCCUCUGCGAUUUCACCGCUUUCAAAAAUCGGAGCCGUCGGAAUCUAGCUGUAUUUGCAAAGAAACCCUGCACAUUUGGUUGGGGUGGGGCCCACCACAAACAAAGAAUAAGUUUAACAGCGUUUAAACGCGGGGGCAUUCUGCACCCUUGUUUCGGGAAUUCAGGGAGGUCAAUGCGCCUUGACCGAAUAUAG